AUGGAGCCUCCUGAUCAUGAUUAAAUACCCAGAAAUCCAAAAAAAAGUGCAAAAAGAAAUUGAAAAAGUUAUAGGCACGGCUCAACCUAAGAUAGAGCACCGGAAGCAAAUGCCCUAUACAGAUGCUGUUGUAUGUGAAGUUCAGCGCUUUGGUGAUAUCGCCCCAGCCAGUCUUCCACAUGCAACGGCUCAUGAUAUCACAUUCAGAGGCUAUUUUAUUCCAAAGGGAACCACUAUUAUUCCAUUGCUGUCCUCCAUAUUGAGAGACAAAGCUUACUUCACAAAGCCUGAAGAGUUUUACCCAGAACAUUUCCUUGAUGCUGAUGGGAAUUUCAAGAAGAAUGAGGCAUUUAUACCUUUCUCAGCAGGUAAGAGAAGUUGCGCAGGAGAAAGUUUAGCC